GUCAGAUAAAUCAAACAACAGGAACUGCAGCAUGAGAAAAAAAAGAUGUAUUCUCUGUGAAGUUAGUUAGCUAACGUCAACUUUAACUAUUGACAAAAGAACGACGUACGGCGGGUAUUAAUAAACGAAAACAUUUAUAACCUGUUCAGUUUACUUCGAAAUAACUCCUCCUGAAUCGACCGUUGGAAGCAGAAAGAAACAGUCAGGUAAUGUUCACUGAGACAACGCUAGCUAAACCACGAGCUAAUGCUAAGAAACAAGCUAAGUGUCAGUUUUCUUUUGCUGAUAUGUGACGAAUUCAGAAUGUAAAUACUAGUACAAAUCAACCAGAAACGUGAAACAUGUUUGAGAAUGUUGUCCUUUUGGAAUUACGUCAACAUUUUACAACAAUGCCAACUAGUAUAUACAGUUGUAAAGAGGCUGUUUAACUAAUGUAGCUGUUUCUCAUGUCAGUAAAAAGAUGUUUACAUCAGAGGCUUUGUCCUCAUUGACUCUAACUUGGUGCAGUAGCGCUCAUAGUUUUUCUUCAUUUGAUGUUUUCUUGUCAUUCAGUAUGUAGACUGCUGUUAACAAGAAUCAGGCUCUGAUUUGUAGUGGAAGUGUCUUAAAUUGUGGUUUCUGUUAAGGCUGGUAGUAUUCAGAAUCAGAAUCAAUCCCCGGGGGGAAAUUGCUUUUGUUUCAGUACUCCAGUGCAAAUAUAAUAAAAGAGGAGACAUAUAAUAGAUAAAAUAAAAGAUAAAAUAAGUAAAAAUAUAGAGAUGAUAUACAGUGGAUAUAAAAAGUCUACACACCCCUGUUCAACUGCCAGGUUUUAGUGAUGUAAGAAAAACAUGUUUAAAAACAAACCGAAACCUUUUAAGGGGAAAAAUGAAAAAUAGAAAAGUUAAAAUAACCUGGUUGCAUAAAUAUGCACACCCUUAAACUAAUACUUAGUUGCAGCACCUUUGGCUUUUAUUACAGCACUCAGUCUUUUUGGGUAGGAGUCUAUCAGCGUGGCACAUCUUAACCUUUUUUUUCUCCUGCCAGACAGGAUGGAUCCAGCUCUACUGAGGGAGCGAGAGCUGUUCAAGAAGAGAGCUCUGUCUACUCCAGCAGUCGAAAAGAGACAGGCAACGUCAGACUCUGGAUCACACAAAAAGAAAAAGGCCAAACCUGAUAAGGAGAGCUCCUCAGGGUCCAAACACAGCGCAGGUAUGUGAAGGAUACUUGGAUGAAAUGAUUUAAGGGUUACUGUUACCGUUAUUUGACUCUGUCAGUUGCUUGUGAAGGGAUGAGACCCCUUAUAUUGCUGACACUUACUCUUGUUGUUUGACAUGAUUUUUUACCAGUUGUGUUUGUUUAAUUACACAGAUAAAGUGUAAACUCUGCAUGAUUGAUAGUCACUUAUUUCUAAAUAGCAGAUUGCUGCUGCGAAGUACAGACUUUUGCUACAGACAGGUCCUCAUUUUUGAGGAGUUUGAUUAAUGUAAGGAUUUCAAAUCCCUGUAUGGCCUUAGUUUCGAUCUAUGAAAUUAUUUCAAAAGCAACAUUGCACCUGAAAUCUCACUGCAAGUGGGUUUCUUCAGCAGAGGAGAGCCCAAGACAAGCCCCGUUCACAUCCUUCAUUUCCAUGUUGUGGUUCCCUUUCAUAAUAUCCAGCCCACUUACAUCAAUUUCAACGUAGCCUGGCGCUUUUCAUGUUAAAACUGUAACCUAUGACAUAACCUAUACAUAAUCUAUACACAUAACUGCUCACUGCAGUCCCUCAAAAAGAGAGCACAGUCUAAAGAAUAGUGACUUACUUAUACACGUCACACAACAUCCAGUGUUUUGCAGUAAGAUAGAUGAACGUAACAUCUCAAGCCUUUUUGUUGUUGACGCUCUUCAUGGGCUGUGAUUUUGUUUCUACUAUAAUAAUGUCAGAUAUCCAGGCACAGUACUCUUCAUUUGAUCUCAUCAUGCUCUCAGGACAAGUGGGCACAUCUUAGUUCUGCACUUACUAUCUUUGCUAGUCAUCUGUAGUUUUCCACACAGCCAGUAAUUCUUGUCCUUUUUACAGCACAGUUUGCCAGCUAGACAAGGUUCUACCCACUACCCAGGCACUCACUUUCAAUCUUCCCUUCAUUCACCUUUUAUUUUAACAGAGGAAAGAAAAAACUCUGAUGUAUUUGCAGUGACAAUUUAUUAGGCAUUUUGUGGUAAGGCAUAUGAAAUCAUACAUUGUGCUAAGUUUAACAUGAUAAAUUACAUCACUGUGCAGCAAUCAAGUAUCACUUGACUUAAUGAGAUACAAGAUAAUGUUGCAGUGCUAAACAUGUUGACAACACUGGGAUAUUGUUUACAACAGAACAGAGGUACACUAGCUUUAUCCACACACUGAUGUCCAGCUAGGCUUGAUCACUUGAUUGUUUUUCAUCAGAACUGAUCAGGGAACCAGGAUACUCAAGUCUUUUUUUAUUUUCAGUAUUUCCAGUCUGCAAAAAAACAAAUUUCAGUUUGUGAUGGACACUUCUUUGCAUGUUGCAGGUCAUAUGCAUGUGGAGUAUUUAUGGGGCAAGUGUUGAUAAAGCGCAAAGAUUAGCGCCAUAAUGUGUACUACUAUUUAACAACUAAUUGGGUGAGCUGUCUUUCUUACAUGACAUUUGGCCUCCGAGGUUUGUCCUGUGUGAGUGUGUUGUGGUGGUAAAUGUGCAGAGAAACCCAGAACUAGGGCUGGGCGGUAAACCGAUUGUUGAAUACUUGCCGCCAUGAUGUUGUGGUGUAAAUGUGCAAAAAUCGUCCUCCUUAAAGAAAUAAAAGCAGCCCACAUCCUCUCCAUAUAACAUUCUGUCGCCUCAUACAUCUCUUGUACCACUGUUGGGGAGUCACAAAAGCUCUUUCAUAGGGUAACAGGGUCUUUGUUUUGACAUUGUCCAGUUCAGUAUCGAACUCCAAAUAUUUAUUUUGUCUGCAUCCUCGUUGGCACUAUACCACCUCAGUCUGGGAUUCUGGCUCCUUACAAAUACUAGUCAUGAGCUUUCCGCAGCCUCCUGGCCCCUCUUCUUGUAGCUGCUGAUGCGUCUUUCCUUUGGCGCAGCAGCCACAGUCCAGCAGCUCGUAAAGCACAGCCAAAGCAGCCAGAGACAGGACAGUGAGGAUGAAGAGCAGCAGGAUGAUGAAGCAGGCCACAUUCCAGCUGUCAUGGAAAGGGUACACCUCCUGCACCUGCAAAGACACGUGGGAGAGCGGGGCCGCCUCUGGGUGCCAGGGGAGAUUACUCGGUUGUAUUGUGGUGGUGAUGUUGGCCAUGUUGUCUGGUUUGAAGCAAGCAAAACAGAGAAGACAGGUAUUGCAGUUAAUGGCUGUUGCAGUGUUUGGUUCUGGGUUUCUCUGCAGAAUAGUGGUGACAGCUAUGAGGGUAAAAUUAAAGAAUGAUUGUUUAAUACUUGCUGCCAUGAUGGAUGUUUACAAAUGAAAGUAGAGAAAGUCUUAAGGCUUUAAAAAAGUAGGACAAAAUAAAUAGGGGUCUCCCGAUACAACUUUUAGACUUCUGAUACGAUAACAAUGUUGUUGCCCUCAAUAUCAAUCAAUAAGUUUUUCACUCAGCUGCAAAGUCUUUUUCUGACUUUAAUGAAAAAUACUGCCACACAGCCGACAUCACUCCUACUUCUCGCUACUUUGUUAGUACCUUUGUCCACACUGUUGUUGUGAUUUUGUGGGCUCAGCUUGCUGGAUCAGGGCGUUGCUAGAUCAAGGUGUCGAAACGGAGUCUGGAAUGGACUGCUUGUAUCAGAGAUUUUAGAUGCAGGCCGAUACAAUCCGAUAUUUUUUUGUUGAUAUCGGACCAAUAUCAAUAUCUUAUCGGGACACCCCUAAAAAUAAAUAAUGUUUUCAAUCUGUUUGACCAGGCUUUAAGUCCCAGGAAUUAGAAAUAAAUAACAUAAUAAGCAAAGCAGAGAGAUGAAUUCUAUUAACAGGUCAUGUGUCCGGGCUCCAUUAUCACUUUCAUACAGCUAAUGUGCUGUUUGGCAAGGCUAAUGUAUCACUGGAGACAACAGACGUUACACACAUUACCUCCCCUCAGCCCAUGUGUCCCUCUCUUUUCUGCUCUGUUGUUUGCUGUAAUGUAAUUAUUAUGAUAGCUCCUCAUCAUCAUCAGCCCUGCUGUAAAAAUAAAACUGCUGUGUCAGUUUGUACACAAUAGUAUACAUGAUAAGCCCAUGUCUUUGGAGUAGAUUUUCAAUGAUGCAAGAAAACUGGUUGUAAUGAGAGCGAAAACAAAAUCCUACUGAGUCCAUCUGCUCAAAACAAAAAGAGUCUGCACAGUGAAAUAUGGCACUCGCACCUGAUUGACAGCUUUUCUGCCGUAAGACCUGAAAAAUUUUAUAGUUAAAGGGAAAAAAAAUUAAUCGGUAGUCUAUUUGUCUCUUGUCAGCUCAUUCACAUUCACAUACAUGCAUGUGUUUGAACAUGUACUCACUCAAAUACACACUAUAGGCACUGAGGAAGCUGACCCACAUUACUUGAGUGAUCUCCGGAUGUGAAUUGAGGGAGAGGGGCAUCGUUAGUGCCUCCCAUGUGGGGCUUACCCUGUAAGUGCUCAUAUUGUGGGGUCACUUUUGUGUGUAUGUGUGUUCUCUCCAAGAUGCUGAAUCUGUAACUAAGCUAAGUGAGAGUGCAACUGUAAAGUGAUCAGCCAUGUUGAAGUGCCUUUAUCUCCUCUCAGAAGACACGUCAUCUCAGGACCAUAUAGUCUGUGAUGCAGAUUUGCACUAGACUUUAUAUAUGACUGCACUUUGUAGUGAUGAUAAAAUAUGUGGGAGGAAACAUCAAUGAUAACUGAAUAAUAUCCUGAAAACUGCAUGUGGACAGAUAUGUUUGAGUUGUCUCCUGAAUGAAGUUUUUGUGGUGUGUUUGUUUUUUCAGGAAAUAUUUGCUUGAUAUUAAUUGAAACGUUUUGCUGCAGUUUUGAUUUAUCUGCUUAUUGAAACGUUACUCUUAAAUGUGACUUUGUUUUCACUGCGUUGUAAGCAGAAAAUAGUGCCUACAAAAAGGUCACACACACUCACACACACACGUACACAGCUGGUUCUGUGUCAGCUGGUAAUUGGGUUAGGAGAGCAGACUGAAGCACAUUUGGUCAGUGUGUGUUUUGGGGGUUUUCUUGUGCGCUGACGUAACUCCACUUCUGCUUUCCUUUUCAGCAUCCUCUUUACCUAACAUCCCUUUACCUACAUCAUCAACUUCACCAGUUAUCAUUGCCAUGACAACAACCUCUUUUGAGUUCCCUGAUGUUACCCUAACACCCCCUCCUCUCUUUUUUGUUAGAUCAGUCACACACUCAUAAGAACAGAUUGGGUCCCUGGCCGCAGCAUCUGUUAUUUUUCCCUUAAAACGAGCCCCAACCCAUCCAGGCUCUUUAAGGUGCUGUAAGAACAAGAAUUGGUCCGUGGCUACUCAGCGGCUGCUGCUCAUUACACAUGCACGCACGCACACACACAUACACACAUUGUAGACACAUUCAUACACUACUAAUGCCCGUGGCUGGCUCCUCACAGAUGUCCAUCCCUCAUUGAUUUGUCCUGAGAGCUGCAGUUUGCACUGAGUCAGGCAUCUCAGAGAGGAUGCUCAUGCAGGCAACACACACAUAUAUAUUUUUUUUAAGUCUGAUAUUUUAAGUACAAGACUAAAGACAAUUAGAUCCAUACAAAACAAAAAUAAACCAGCAAUUUAUUUCUUGUUUUUUUUGUAUUCAUAGUCCUGCGAGCAGCACCUGAGGAGGUUAUGUUGCUGUGCAUGGAGAUCCCUGUUUACCAGCAGAUAGAUCCAUGUUUGCUAAUUCGCAUUUUCAGUCUGGCUCUAUUUAUUUCAGCUGCUGUCCACAGAUCUAUGCUGAAUGUAUUUUCACUACAUGAAAUAGAAAUUUUCAAUUUUAAGCCUCUCUGAUGCAGGAAAAUGAUCAGCUGCUAUUAAAAAUACAUGAUUGACCCCAUAAACAGUGGAUUACUCAUAACAAAAACCUCAUCGUCGUAGUUACAGCAGCCCAUAGCCUGUGGCUUAUUAUUACUGUGAGCUUCUAUGAUCUGUCAAACAUGCACUCAUUAUUAUGAUGAUGCUGUUCUGGAAAACAUGCCGACUCACCUGCCUGCUUAUAAAUUUUAAGAAGAUUCACGGCAACAGAUGCACUCUCCUCCUUUUUUUUCCGGUGCUCCACCUAAUGCUCUGUCUUCCACUCUCUCUCCCCCCUUCGUGUUCCCUCCUCGACCUGUUUUCCUCCACAGCACCCUCUUCCAAGCGCCAGCCGUGCACUCACUCACACCACUCCUUGCAGUGCUUCAUGCCUCAGCCGAACGGCAGGGGCUCCUCUUCAUCAUUGGCUCUUUGCUUUAAGCCCAGCCUCUGCACCAUUCGUUCAUCGGCCUGUCACAAUCCCUCCGUCCGGCCCUCGGUGAAGCUAGCAGGCGCAGCAGAGGCUCCCACCCACACUAUGAAUCAUUUAUGAAUCAGUGUCUGUUUUCAGCUUUGAUUGGCGAGCACAAAGCCCAGACCUCAGACAGUCGCCAUGGGAGGAGCAGUAAUAUUUGAUUACCAGCUGCCCACACUUCUAAUCAUUCUAAUCACACAAGUCUCUCAAUAUUGCAAGUGGCAUUUGAAGGCCUUUCUUUUUGGAUAAGAGGCAGAAGAUUUUUUUUUUGUCAACAAAACAGAUUAUAAACCAAUCUAUCCAACAAGUUUGGCUGUGGAGCAAAAGAUGAUUCAGGUCUUGUUGACCUCCUCUUCCUUUUUGACCUCUACUGAUUUGGAAAAAUAAAUAAAUGAAUUGGCUUUUGUUUGGUAUCAGAGGAAGACACACAUAUGGCCAUUGGACAACCUUUACUGUAAAAAAACAAAAACAAAAAUGUAGGGCUGGGACGAUAUGCUUUUCUCCCAAUUCGAUUCUUCUCUGAUUUCUUUGGAUGCCAACUCGAUUUAAAUUGCGAUUCUAUGAUAUUGUCUAUUUUCUGCAUUUUUAACACCAGUGAAACAGUUGAAUGAUUAUGAUUGUCUACAGACUAUUUCAGGAACUAUAUUUCCCCAAAAAACACACAUCACAUCUAAGUCAGUUUUUAAGAUUUAUUCUUAAAAAAUUGAACAUAAAAAUCGAUUUAAAGAUUGUAAAACAAUAAAAUCACAAUACUUAUGUGAAUUGAUUUUUUUCUCCCACCCCCACAAAAAGGUGUGAAUUAUUGAUGUAAACAUUGAUUUUUUUUUUUUUUGCUAAUUAUUUAACCCCACCCUGAAGACACCAUUUCAUAUGUUGAAACUAAUUAAAAAUGUAUUGCUUGUGCAGAAUUUCGAUUAUAGACACUUCAAGUCACCUCCAUGUCUUGCUGUCGUGUACACCAAGUAUGAGUCUUGGUGUUUAUUUUGACAGUUUUCAUAUUUAACAAGCAUAUUUCUCAUGUUAAGAACGGCUUGUUUUAGCAGAGACUAAUAGAAUGUGGGUUUGGACCAGUCAUCUGUUCCACGCCUGCAGCUCGUUCAAACAGCACCUCUUGGAAAAUAAAAAAAGGAACCACACUGCAUAUGCACUUUGCUUCCCCCACAUGUCUCCAGUCUAUGGCAGUGCUGACAUAAUUUUUUUUUCUUUUGACCUAGAAGGCUCCUUAUGGAUUGGCAGCACUUAACUCAGCUGAACUUCUCUCUGUUAAUACUCCAGCUAGAGCGUUAAGGUCAACCAAUCAGCUGUUCCUGAAUGUGCCCAAAACUCGCCUUAAAACCAGGAGCAUUUCAGCUUUUUCAGUAGUUUCAGCCGACUGCUUCAAAUAAGAUCUGUCCCCACUCUUGUAUGGUUUUAAUUAUUGUUGAAGAUCUAUCCUUUCCUUUCUAAAUGAGAAUAUUAUCAUCCACACAGAUUUUCCCAUUUUUAUAAAUGUAUUGCGCGUUGUUGUUUUGUUGUUAUUAGGUAUGGGCAUGAUUAAUCAAUGAUCGUUUAAUUGACCAUUAAGAAUUACACUCACCGGCCACUUUAUUAGGUAUACCUGUCCAACUGCUCGUUAACACUUAAUUUCUAAUCAGCCAAUCACAUGGCGGCAACUUAGUGCAUUUAGGCAUGUAGACAUGGUCAAGACAAUCUCCUGCAGUUCAAACCGAGCAUCAGUAUGGGGAAGAAAGGUGAUUUGAGUGACUUUGAACGUGGCAUGGUUGUUGGUGCCAGAAGGGCUGGUCUGAGUAUUUCAGAAACUGCUGAUCUACUGGGAUUUUCACGCACAACCAUCUCUAGGGUUUACAGAGAAUGGUCCGAAAAAGAAAAAAUAUCCAGUGAGCGGCAGUUCUGUGGGCGGAAAUGCCUUGUUGAUGCCAGAGGUCAGAGGAGAAUGGCCAGACUGGUUCGAGCUGAUAGAAAGGCAACAGUGACUCAAAUAACCACCCGUUACAACCAAGGUAGGCAGAAGAGCAUCUCUGAACGCACAGUACGUCGAACUUUGAGGCAGAUGGGCUACAGCAGCAGAAGACCACGCCGGGUGCCACUCCUUUCAGCUAAGAACAGGAAACUGAGGCUACAAUUUGCACAAGCUCAUCGAAAUUGGACAAUAGAAGAUUGGAAAAACGUUGCCUGGUCUGAUGAGUCUCGAUUUCUGCUGCGACAUUCGGAUGGUAGGGUCAGAAUUUGGCGUCAACAACAUGAAAGCAUGGAUCCAUCCUGCCUUGUAUCAACGGUUCAGGCUGGUGGUGGUGGUGUCAUGGUGUGGGGAAUAUUUUCUUGGCACUCUUUGGGCCCCUUGGUACCAAUUGAGCAUCGUUGCAACGCCACAGCCUACCUGAGUAUUGUUGCUGACCAUGUCCAUCCCCUUAUGACCACAAUGUACCCAACUUCUGAUGGCUACUUUCAGCAGGAUAAUGCGCCAUGUCAUAAAGCUGGAAUCAUCUCAGACUGGUUUCUUGAACAUGACAAUGAGUUCACUGUACUCAAAUGGCCUCCACAGUCACCAGAUCUCAAUCCAAUAGAGCAUCUUUGGGAUGUGGUGGAACGGGAGAUUCGCAUCAUGGAUGUGCAGCCGACAAAUCUGCGGCAACUGUGUGAUGCCAUCAUGUCAAUAUGGACCAAGCUCUCUGAGGAAUGCUUCCAGCACCUUGUUGAAUCUAUGCCAUGAAGAAUUGAGGCAGUUCUGAAGGCAAAAGGAGGUCCAACCCGUUACUAGCAUGGUGUACCUAAUAAAGUGGCCGGUGAGUGUACGUCGAUCAUGCAAAAUUUCGAUCGAUCUAACCCUAACCCUCUCUGUCCAGUUACGAGUAUUUUCUAUGUUACGAGAGAUGGGAAACAGCGUCAGGGGGCUUCCAUAGAAGUUGAGAAAAAAACACGGAGAAAGCUAGACGAAGUGUUGGUUGGGACCAUUUUGAGUUUCCAAGUUUUCUGCCAACACUGCAAUGCCGUGUACAAGUACAACACGACAACGACCACAAUGAUGGAACACUUGAACCACAUGCAUCCAACUUAGGAUAAUGAAUCCUCCGAGGGUGACCAUAUCCUGACUUCCCAAAAAGAGGACAUGACUUUUUCUCGAGUUUUUCGGUUCGGAUUGAGUGUCUUUUAUGCGCUUCUAACUCAGUAAGUCCAUGUGACACCAAAUCAAAACUCUCGUUCAAUAAGGAAAAACACAUUUUUUUUUGUUGUUGCGUAUUUUCGAUUAAAUCGAUCAAGUCACUGUCUUAAAAUGCCCAUUCCUAGUUGUUAUACUUUUGCACUUGAGAGCUGUUGUGAACCAUUGUUGUGUUUAAAUGUCCUGUAUUGAUUAAGUUACUUGAAUUCAGUAAAUGUUUUGUUGUGCUACAUAAAUCUGUUGAUCGAACAUUUUUAUAAACAUAAUCUCGUCCCAUGAUUAUACAGCUGCAAUAUGGUUGUCAUGAUGUGUUAGUGUUUCAAAUGAAUCACAGAAAUGUGUGUUUUCCCUUGACUUAUUGUUUUUCUUGCUUUCUACAGAAUCUAGUAAUGGCAACUUCAACAUCAAGGCGAGCUCUGGGUACAAAUUCGGCUGCCUGGCCAAGAUCGUCAAUUAUAUGAAGGUACGUAUCCGGACACAUUUCGUGAUCUAAAAAAGCACUAUCAGCUCUCCUGAAGUUCAGUGGUGACAGUAUGACUCUCUGAUGUGUUGUCGGUGAACGAGCACUGUUUGUUUGAGGCGAAUGCAUGUUUCCGCCUCGUGGAGAUUUUUCUCCUCAAUUUGUCACAACAGCAUCUACUUAAUUGCUAAAUGUUAAGCUUGCCCUCAUUCCCAUCAAAGCUCUUUAAAAGAUUGACUUGUUGUCAGAUGUGUCAGCCCAGCGAGUUGCUUGUGUGUCCACUGUGCAACAUUUGGUCCUCGUCCUUGAUUUUGGUGUGUUAACAGCUUGAUUAUCAUGCUGUGGCUCUGCAGAGAGGCAGCCAAGCCCUCUCACAUGAGCUGUCUGACUCAUCCAUCUCCGGAAGAACUCACACACAAGUUGACAGAUUUUCUUAUAGUGCGAGUAUGUUUUUGCCAUCCGUGUAAUACACAAGCUGGCAGUUGGAUGUCAGGCAUAAAACUGAAGUAGACAUUCGGCUAAAACCUUGUCAAAGGUGUUAUUCUAAGAGAGGCAUAUUUAAAUAAGGGAAAUCUUAUUAACAGCUGACUCCAUUUUUAAUUUCAUAUGUGUUUAAUGCAAAUCCAUGCUCUAUAUCCCCUCGUAAAUCUUUCAGACAAGGCAUCAGAAUGGCGACACUCACUUCCUGACCCUGGAUGAGAUUCUGGAUGAGACUAAACUUCUUGACAUCAGCAUGAAACAGAAACAGUGGCUCAUGACAGAGGUGAGUUUUGACCUCAGGGCCAAGUCAAGGUAUCUGUGAUUAAAAUCUUCUGCCCUUCGCUCUUUAAGCCCCUCAGUGUUUUCAUUCUGUGAGGUUAUCCAUUAACCUUUAGUCUUAGAAUUAAUAGUUUUAAAAAAUGAAUGAAUAGUGUUGUCGAAAAUAUCUUUGUGUCAUUGUGUCAACAAGCAGAGGAUGAAUGUGAAUCCUGUGUGGCAACAAUUUGUCGUCUAGAGAUAAAACAGUUUUGUUUUGGGGUUUUGACCAAUCAGAAUCAAGUGUUUCACCCAGAAGAGUAAUAACUUUAACCUGUCACCAAAAGUGUGCUUUGCCUUUUCUCAUUCUGUUUCACUCCAGUGGCUUUUAUUCUGUUACAACAUUGUGUGUCAGCCACAGUAAAUGGUAAUAUUACACAUCAACCAGCAUCUCCAGAAAGUUCUUGAAGAUGCUCUUACAGUAGAAACCCACACGACCUGUAGAAAAUUCAAGCUAAUGUUACUGAAGUUAGCCAAAGCUUAGACAGAUCACAUAUAAUCUUUUUAAUGAUGCGUCAUUUAUCUCAGUAACCCUUUCUUUUACGGUACACUUAUUACCAGGUAAUUAACAGGUAAUUACGUUGUAACAACAUUAAAUUAUCUGGUAAUUACAUGAUAACUACUAAGUCAAUACUGUCUAGCUACCAGGUAGGUAAUCUUCUAUCAUCAUACAAAUUUGAAGCUAAUUGCCCUGGUAUUUCCAGGAUUUUCUCCACUUCCUGGAACCACCUCUUGUUCAGUAGCAUUGUACGCAUUCGGCAGGUGAGUCGCUGUGAUAAUGCUCGGCUCAAACAGCGCAUUGCUACGCAAUCUUUGCACCCCAAAUAGCUUUUGAAAAUGGAGCUGCACAGAAAAAAGAAAAAAAGAAAAACUAGACAGUAUUUACUUAGUAGUUAUCAUGUAAUUAGCAGAUAAUUUCAUGUUGUUACUAGGUAAUUACCUGGUAGUAAGUGUACCGUAAAAGAAAGGGUUACCUUUAUCUCUCUAAUAUAUAAAUAUUUUCAAAUUGUCUGGCUGGUUUGCUACUGACCUGAAGACUUGAAACAUAAUCUGUACUCAUGUUGUUGAUCUCAGGCGUUAGUAAACAACCCAAAAAUUGAGGUCCGUGAUGGGACUUAUGGAUUCAAGCCAAAGUACAACUUGAAGGACAAGAAAGCCUUACUGAGGCUGCUGGACAAGCACGACCAGCUCGGCCUUGGAGGAGUGCUGCUGGACGACGUGGAGGAGGGACUGCCAAACUCAGCUAAGGCCAUUAAGGUAACGCACUUUAAUUGGAUCUAUGCUGAAGAACGUGCACAGUGUCUGUGCACUGUUUGAUGAGUGAAAACUGUGGAGACUGAAGGGAUUAGAGGCUUAAGCUCAUGUGUGUUCACAGGCUUUGGGGGAUCAGAUCAUCUUUGUGACGAGACCAGAUAAGAAGAAGAUUCUGUUCUACAAUGAUAAACACUGCCAGUUUACCGUAGAUGAAGGUAAGAUUAACUCUUUUUAAAUAUUUGGCUUUUGGGGGUUUUAUAAUUUGAUUUCAGAAGUGUCUUACCCCUUUCACUGUCGUUAAAAAAUACUGCUGCUUUUUCCAAUACUAAAAUUAAGUUUCCCACAUAAAAGGUUAAUAUUUUACAACUUCCCAAAGGUGGUGGAGGUGUAACCUUUGCACGUGACAAAAGUUUUUUUUAAGAAUAGUAAACGUGUCCAUUAUACUAAAGAGAAUUAGGGCCACAUAAAGAGAAUGAAAAUAAUUACAGGAAGGAGAUUAAAGUCGAAAUUUCGAGAGAAGAAAGGAGUCCAAAUUAUGUCAAAGUCAAAAUUUCAACAUUAAGAACUGAAAUUUUGGGAUUAAAGAAAAAAAUUUGGAGAUUAAAAAAUGUCGUGAACAAUGUUGAAAUCUCAAGAUUAAAAAAAAUUAAAUUUGAGAAUAAAGUCAAAAUUUCGAGAUUAAAGUCGACAUGAAUAAAGUUGACAUCUACUUUAAAUUUCAACUUUAAUCUCAAAAUUUCAAUUUUUAAUCUCUUAAAUCGAAAUUUUAACUGUAAUCUCAAAAUUUCAAUUUAAAUCUCUUAAUGGAAAUUUUAAAAAUCUCCCUCCUGUAAUUAUUUUUUUCUCUUCUUGUGGCCCUAAUCCUCUUUCGUACAAUUAGACCAAGCCCUCUGCUAGUUUGGCUCGCAUUAUUAUCUUUUGAUGUGUUUGGAAACAUAAGAAAGAAAAUGUUUGAUGUGUUGAAUUGAUGUGUUAAAAUUAUGCUUUUAAAUUUGUAGAAUUCCAGAAACUGUGGAGGAGCGUCCCGGUUGAUUCCAUGGAUGAAGAGAAGAUCGAGGAGUACCUGAAGAAACAAGGCAUCACCUCCAUGCAGGAAACAGGACCAAAGAAAGUGGUGGGUUUUCUGCUUAACUCUUCUCAACUUGAUUGUAACAAAUUCUUAAAAUUCAUCGUAUUUCUCCUGAUGUCUCUUGGAAAAAAAAAAAAAAAGCAUUCAUACUUAGUCAAUCGAUGCUUCUGUGGUUUCUAUAGUUACCAGUUCAAAAGAGGAAGAAGCAAGGAGGACAGAGAAAGAGACAAUUCAAGACCCACAACAACCACUUGGCAGGGGUCCUGGAGGAUUAUUCAGAUGGGGAUCCUACGAAGAAAUAAGACCCCACCCCACCUUCAUACCUUUGUGGGAAAGAUGUAUAAUCUGCAAAUCAAAAAUGACUCCCCAGGAAAGCCCUGGACAGACUGCGAUACAAAGACAUUUGUGUUUGUUGUGUCAAACCAGCUAGUUUCUUUUCCUGUCUUUGCACUCCUCUCAGUGAUCAGUGAUCUUGUGUUACACGGAGUGAAGAGCAGCUGUGUUGUUGGGUCCUCUUUUGUUUAUUAGUCAGCGCUGACUAAAGAACACUUGAGGAAAAGAGAGGUAAGACCAUUUUAGACACCGAAUGCCCUAACCAAAACUAUUCCAAAGGGGGGAGCUAGAACCUUAUUGUUAGAAAAAAAAUAAGGUUAAAGUGUGUAAAUACUUUCUUCAUUUAUUCAGUAUUUCACUAAGAGGUGUAUGUUUAAGGUUUUAUUUGAAAGGGUAGUAGUCCUGAUCUGAUGGCUACUGUCAAUCCUUUUAAAAGGAACUGCGAACGUCAGGAUGGAGUUGUGCAGUGCAUCAUAUAGAGGUAUUUCACCCAACAUGGGAAUCUUGGACAUUACUUCUUGUGGAAUUUGAAAAUAUGUGAAUCUUUUCACUUUGAAGCUCAAUUGCUGAGAGGUUUGAAGUGCAAAAACUCUUUUUGAAUUUAUUUUAAUAAAUGACAAUGUUGCAGCA